GCAAUCCCCGUGAUCCCACUGAAGCCUUGACCUUGGGGAAAUAGCUCCAUGAAGCUUGGUUCUGACCCAGUGCCUCUGAGGACCAGCUGUCAGCUGCCUUCAAGCCUGGGGGCUCCAUUGACCUAUCCAAGGUCAGGAGCUGCCCCUCUGCCCUACUCCUUUCCUGUGACUUUUUCUAUUUUUGAGACAGAGUCUCUCUCUGUCACCCAGGCUGGAGUGCAGUGGCACCAUCUUGGCUCACUGCAGCCUCUGCCUCCUGGGUUCAACCAAUUCGGCCUCAGCCUCCCAAGUAGCUGGGAUUACAAGCACCUGCUACCUUGCUCGGCUAGUUUUUUUGUAUUUUGUGUUGGCCAAGCUGGUUUUGAACUCCUGACCUGAAGUGAUCCGCCCACCUCAGCCUCCCAAAGUGUUAGGAUUACAGGGGUGAGCCACUGCGCCCAGCCCUGUGGCUUUUUUUAAAAGAUGGUUGCUGGGCUGUGCAGGUUUUCUGGGCCCUGAACCAGUGUUGUGAUUGGCUUGACCUGGACAAUGCCAUUGUGAUGUCAGCCCACACCCACUGUUAAAUACAGGCUCCUGAGCCCUGGGGGCCUGUGGCGCUGCUGUCUAGUCACAGAUCAUGAGCGGCGGGUAUGAUCUCAACCUCUUCGCCAGCCCUCCUGGCUGCAACUUCCUGUGCUCCGUCUGCCGUGGGGUUCUCAAGAGGCCAGCGAGGUUGCCAUGCAGCCACAUCUUCUGCAAAAAGUGCAUCCUCCAGUGGCUAACCAGACAAAAGACCUGUCCGUGCUGCAGGAAACAGGUGAAAAAGAGAAAGAUCGUCUAUGAGAAUAAACUCCGGAAAACCAUCAGCCGCCUGGAAGUCAAGUGCAAGAACGCCGACGCUGGCUGCAUGGUGACAUGCCCCCUGGCCCAUCGCAAAGGGCACCAGGAUUCGUGCCCCUUCGAGCCAAUGGCCUGCCCCAACGAAGGCUGCACCUCGCGGGUCCCUCGUGGGACCCUGGCCGAGCACCAGAAGCUUUGCCAGCAAAGGAACCAGCAGCGCUGCCCCCUGGGCUGUGGGGCCACCCUGGACCCAACCAAGCGUGCUCACCACAACUGCUACCGCGAGCUGCACGACGCCUGGAGCGCCCGCCAGGAGCGCAGUCAGACCAUGCUGCUGUGCCUGCUGAGGCGCGUGCGCCAGCUACACCGGGCCACCCGCAUUGUCCGCCGAGAGCUGGCGGAGCUGGGCAACUUCCUGGAGGGCACACCACAGGAGGAGGCCGAGGCCUAGGCUGCCCCGGAAGGCAGCGUCUGGGCUGAGGUACGGGGUGCUCAGGGCCAGAGUAUCUUGUAAAUAAAUAAACGCAGAGCCCCGCA